AUGAUUCAAGCUAUCCAGGGAUCACCUCCUCAAGAAGUUCGAGAUAAAUUUGGACUGACCCUAAAGCAGGGACUUCUGUUCAAACAAGGUCGAGUUUUCAUCCCCGAAGGACAUGUGAAGGCGAUUUUGAAGUAUUUCCAUGAGUCCGGCUUAGGAUCUCAUUGCGGGGUUUUGAGAACUUAUAAGCGCUGCCGGCAAUUAUUUUGGUGGACUGACCAGAUGAAAUCAGUUCGAGAUUAUCUAAGUUCAUGUCUGACCUGUCAGAGGCGUCGAAGUGGCAAAGAAAGAUUCCAAGGCUUCUCUAGACAUUUUCCUCUUGGACAAGUAUUCGAAUCGGUUCACAUCGAUUUCUGGGAACCAACAGUUGGAGACACCAAGAUCAUGACUAUGAUUGAUAGAACCUCACGAUGGGCUGAGGCAGCGAUAGUUAAAGAUAAGACAGCGAAGACCGUGGUGUCUACUUUCAUCAAAGUAUGGGUUUCACGAUAUGGUGUUCCACGUCAGAUUAUAUCUGACAAUGACAAGGCCUUCCAAGGACUAAUGAUGGGAGAAUUAGCGAGGUUACUUGGAAGUGACCUUGUGGCAAUUACGCCACAUCACCCUGAAGGAAACAGUCCGGUUGAAUCAUUCCAUAGACAUCUCAGGAAACAUCAUCAUCGUGUAUUACAGAAUGAACUUUUAGAUGCAGAAGAAGGCUUGGCGCUUACUCUAUAUCUGUACCGAACGAGUUACCACACAUCACUGGAAGACACCCCCGGGCAUUGGCUUUUCGGUGUGCCAGUUACUACACCUGAAGAAAGGGAAAUCUAUGAUUUGAUCUAUGAUUCAAACGCGGAGAGAGCCGAGUGGUUUAAUCUUAUCAGGAACAAAGACAUUGAGAUUAUGGAGAGAAAAGCCGAGAAGCAUGCUGAUUCUGGGAACAAGAAACGAAAUCAUACACAGAUUGCGAUUGGUGAUCUGGUUCUCUCAAAAGACUUCAGACAAGUUGGCUCGAGGAUUUGGAGUCUACCACAACAGAUCGUUUCUAUGAGUGAGCUAGGGUAUAAUGCGAGAGUGAAGGACAUUGAGUCAGGGAAGAUACAAACGAGACAUCUUACACACUUGAGGAAGAUAAACAGACCAUCCACCCCUGGACAAUUUAGCUCGUGGCUAAGAGAAUAUCAAGGCAGUGGUUUUUCUUUAUCACGUGAGGACCUUUUGGAAAAUAUGUGUCCACCGGAGAGUCGUUUCGAUUCACCGAUAAUGAGCCCGCGGGGCAUCCCCAGCUCAGAUCCGAAUGACACAGAAGACAGUGGUACGAUAGUAUUAAUAGGUGAUUCUCCUUUCAGUAAUAUCGGCUCUCCUAAUACCGCUGUUGACCCUAGCACCAAUGAUUUUGUGAGUCAGAAUUCGCACAACGCCGAACGGAUUCGUAGCACUUUUCGUUAUGAACCAGUAGAAUGGAUUGAUGAAUGA